CACUUCUGAGCUUUUUGCAGGUAAAUUCAUGAAUUAGAUAUUCUUAUUAUGCCCAUUUUACAGCUGGGAAAACUGAGGCUCAGUGAAAUGAAGUGAUUUGCCCAAGGCUAACUGGCUAAGAAGUGUCACAAGACCAGACUCAAACCCAAGUCACCUGACUCUGGGAAAGGUAUUUCAGAGGUGAGAUCCUCAAAUAGAUUCAACCCCUUUUUCAAUUUAAAACAAGCUUCUCCCCCUUUGCAAAUGCAAGGAGCCACAGACAGCUGGAAUUAUAAUCAGCUGGCUGGCUUUGUUCCUAGGUCUUGAACCUUCUCAGUCUCAGUUUUCCUCAUCUGUGAAAUGGGAUAAUUCCUGCCUCACAGCAUUAUAGUAGGUGGACAUGGAGAGUUGCACCUCUUGUGUGUGUAGUACUGGGCUUGCCACUACAGGGAAGUUGGGUUUGGGGGGUAAAACAUGAGGUACGGGAAACCCAUUUAAAGAGUGCCUUUGGGACUCAAGGAUUGGAGGGAAUGGGGGUGUCUUAAGGGCAUUUUGGCAAACUCAGGGUUUCUAGGGGCAGAUUAAGAAGUAUAUGACAAGUUUCAUGAGUUGGGGUGUCCCGUGACUGUGGGUACCUCUUAGAUUCUGGCACAGCCUGGGCCAUCCCCAGAGCUAUGGAGAAAUCUACUGGUGUCCUUGGAGUCUGUGGCACCUCAGGAAUUUGGUGGCAUCUCACCUAGGUGUGAAGUCACCCUUGAUGAGUUGGGGUCUUGGCACUUGUGGGUACGUUUCAGGGGUACUGUGCAAGCACUCAGGACCUGAAAGACAUUUGAGGGACUAUGGAGACGUUCCUGGGGUCUGGGAAGGACUCUAGGAUUUGAGGGACCCACAAUUGAUCUGUGGGAAUGGCUCUGUGCCUGUGGGUGGCUUUUAGGGGUGUCUGCAUGACUCAGGGAUGAUGGGGUGCUCCAUGGAAGAGCUGUGAUGGUGGUCUUGAAAUCCCAGGGUCUCUCUGGUGGGCUGUGAACACCACUGGGGUUUGUGGGUGCAUCCUGGGACUCUUGAGGUGCACCUGGCAUUUUGGAAAAAUGGGGACAUCUGGGGAACUGUGACAGUGCCCCGAGGUCUAUGAAGACCUCUAAGAGCACGUCUGAUUUUGGGGGAGAACCUAGGGACACCCCUGGGGUCUGUGCAGAUGGCUCUUUCAGGGUAAGUGAGGGCGAUGCAGUCCUGUGGGAACACUCAGACAUUUGGGGGUUUUCGGAGAUGCUUCCGGCCACCGUGGGGGACAUCGAGGGACUGCAGGGCGUCCCCGCGGCUGCGGUUUGGGCGCCCCAUGCCCGCGGGCCCCGCCCCAGGGGCGGCCCCAGCGCGAAGCCGGAAGGGCCGAGGCGGCCCGGGGCGGGUGCGGCCCGCGGGCCCCAGGGCUGGGCGCCGGCCUGCGAGGCCCGGGGUGGGCGGUGCCGCUCCCCAGCCCCGCGACCCCGCGGCCAUGGCGCGGCCACGUGGCCUGGGCCGCAUCCCCGAGCUGCAGCUGGCGGCCUUCCCGGCGGCGGCGGGGGCCGAGGACGAGGCCUUCCUGCCCGAGCCCCCAGCCCCGCGCAUGUCCCGCCGCCCACGAUCGCCACCCUCGUCGCCCGUCUUCUUCGCAAGUCCGUCCCCAACUUUCCGCAGGCGCCUCCGGCUGCUCCGCACCUUCCAGGAUUCUGGGCGCCAGGCGUGGGCCGGCUUCGAGGCAGAAAAUGGGCCGACGCCGUCACCUGGCCGCAGCCCCCUGGACUCGCAGGCGAGCCCGGGGCUCGUGCUGCAUGCCGGGGCGGCCACCAGCCAACGCCGGGAGUCUUUUCUCUACCGCUCCGAUAGCGACUAUGACAUGUCACCCAAGACCAUGUCCCGGAAUUCAUCGGUCACCAGCGAGGCGCACGCCGAGGACCUCAUCGUAACACCUUUUGCCCAGGUGCUGGCUAGUCUCCGUAGUGUUCGAAGCAACUUUUCACUCCUAACCAAUGUGCCCAUUCCGAGCAACAAGCGGUCCCCGCUGGGCGGCCCAGCCCCUGUCUGCAAGGCCACGCUCUCAGAGGAGACGUGCCAGCAGUUGGCCCGGGAGACGUUGGAGGAGCUGGACUGGUGCCUGGAGCAGCUGGAGACCAUGCAGACCUACCGUUCUGUCAGCGAGAUGGCUUCGCACAAGUUCAAGAGGAUGCUGAACCGGGAGCUCACACACCUGUCUGAAAUGAGCAGGUCGGGGAACCAGGUCUCAGAGUACAUUUCCACAACAUUCCUGGAUAAACAAAAUGAAGUGGAGAUUCCAUCACCCACCAUGAAGGAGCAAGAAUCACAGGAAAUGCCACGACAGAGAUCUUCCCAGCAGCCCCCGCCCCCGGUACCUCAGUUCCAGCCCAUGUCACAGAUCACGGGGGUGAAGAAGUUGACGCACGGCAGCGGCCUGAACAAUGCCAACAUCCCACGCUUUGGGGUGAAGACAGAGCAAGAGGAGCUCCUGGCCCAAGAGCUGGAGAACUUGAGCAAGUGGGGUCUGAACAUCUUUUGCGUGUCUGAUUAUGCCGGAGGCCGCUCGCUCAGCUGUAUCAUGUACACAAUAUUCCAGGAGCGGGACCUGCUGAAGAAAUUCCGCAUCCCUGUGGACACAAUGGUGACGUAUAUGCUGACCCUGGAAGACCACUACCACGCUGAUGUGGCCUAUCACAACAGCCUGCACGCGGCCGACGUGCUGCAGUCCACUCACGUGCUGCUGGCCACACCUGCGCUGGACGCGGUGUUCACGGACCUGGAGAUUCUUGCGGCACUCUUUGCAGCUGCCAUCCACGAUGUGGACCACCCCGGGGUCUCCAACCAGUUCCUCAUCAACACCAAUUCGGAGCUGGCACUCAUGUACAACGACGAGUCGGUGCUCGAGAACCACCACCUGGCUGUGGGCUUCAAGCUGCUGCAGGAGGAAAACUGCGACAUCUUCCAGAAUCUCAGCAAGCGCCAGCGGCAGAGCCUGCGCAAGAUGGUCAUCGACAUGGUGCUGGCCACGGACAUGUCCAAGCACAUGACACUCCUGGCUGACCUGAAGACCAUGGUGGAGACCAAGAAAGUGACCAGCUCGGGGGUUCUCUUACUAGACAACUACUCUGAUCGCAUCCAGGUUCUUCGGAACAUGGUGCACUGUGCAGACCUCAGCAAUCCCACCAAGCCACUGGAGCUGUACCGCCAGUGGACUGACCGAAUCAUGGCUGAGUUCUUCCAGCAGGGUGACCGGGAACGUGAGCGUGGCAUGGAGAUCAGCCCCAUGUGUGACAAGCACACGGCCUCUGUGGAGAAGUCUCAGGUGGGUUUCAUUGACUACAUAGUGCACCCAUUAUGGGAGACAUGGGCGGACCUCGUCCACCCAGAUGCCCAGGAGAUCUUGGACACAUUGGAGGACAACCGGGACUGGUAUUACAGUGCUAUUCGACAGAGCCCGUCACCACCGCUGGAAGAGGAGCCAGGGGGGACAGGCCACCCAGCCCCACCUGAUAAAUUCCAGUUUGAGCUGACAUUGGAGGAGGAAGAAGAGGAGGACAUGUCCACAGCCCAGGAUGUACUGGAAGUGCAGAGACUGACCACGGCCAAGGAACCAGUUCCAGUCACAGAUGAGCUGACGGCCCAGGAUGUAUCCCAAGCUGAGGACUGGUUCAAGGUCAAGGGCAAGGACUACCCAGAGGUGGAGGUAGAGGAAGUGGAUUUGGCACAUGAAGCAGACUCAUGUGGUGUGUGUGUGGGUCAGGAUGAAACCACGUCCCCAGAGGAGUCCAUGGUUGCUGUAUGCUUUGGCAGCCCCUCUGGCCUGUCCCUUGGAAGUCCCCUUCUGCCUGCACUGAGGACCCUGUCCACUACAGAGGAGGCCCCGGGCCUCCCGGGCCUCCCCUCCACGGCGGCCGAGGUGGGGGCCCAAAAAGACCAUCAGGCUGCCAAGAGGGCUUGUUGUGGCUGCUCGGGGACACCAGGGGAGGACCCCGCCCUCCUCCCGGCUUCCGGUGGGUGGGAGCCAUGUGGCGACCCCACCUGAGUGCCAGCUCCCUCCCCCGUGGCUCUGCCUGCCCCUCCCCCCCUGCUCCCCACUGCCCACCUCCUCCUCCUCCGCUCCAAAGACUCUUGGCCCUCGUGAGAAAAAAGAAAAUGGAAAAGCGGGGAAUUUUCUCUUUUCUUUUUUUCUCCUUUCCCCCCACCCCCAUCCAUGGGGCCUUUUGGUGGUGGGCGGGGCUGGGGAUUGAGGGGCUCAGGUCCCAGAAGGGAUUUUAUUUUUUGAAUUUUAAUUGUAACAUUUUUAGAAAAAGAACAAAAAAAAAAA